UGGCAACAGCAUGGCGUCGAAUAUUUGCAGACAGCUUUUUCGGACAUGGUCUGUUCUUAAAUUUCGCGUUAAUUCAAAAAUCAGUAACUGUCGGAUGCAUCUUUAUAACAAUAUAUCAAAAGUUACUCCUGAUAAACACGUCAAGUUAAAUAAGGGUUGGCUAAUAGCAACAGGCUUUCCAAUAACAUGGUCUCGAGUUGGACUGAGGAAAUUUGUGUUUGGAUCCGUCGGAUUGACAACAGUCUCCUUUCUAUCCGUUGCAUUUUGUUAUGACGGCUCGAUUGACAGUCACCAAAGAUUCCUCCUAGCUGUGAAACAAGGAAAUGUAAAGGAAAUUGAACGGUUACUGAAAACAGGUGUUGAUGUGAAUCAGAAACAUGAGCUUGGGUGGACAGCACUUCAUGUAGCAGCGAUUAGUGGAAACCUCAGAGUUGUACAGUUAUUAUUGAAGGCUGGUGCAGACCCAAGUGUACGCGAUGAGUAUACAAAUCAUGUCACAAUAGCCAGGGAGAGACGGUUCAAUGCAAUGCAUGUGCUGAUGAUAAGGGAGCAAGAGUUCAGUGAGCAGCUCCACCAAAGGGCUUACUUUAAAGACUGUACACCACUUCACUACGCUGUCCUUAUAGAUGAUGUGGACAUUGUCAAGGAACUCCUACAAGCAGGUGCUGAUCCCACCCUGGAGAAUGCAAAUGGCCAUAAUCCUGUUGAAUAUGCCAAGAGCAAGGUGAUGAAAAAAGUGAUCGAGGAGUCCACCCAAAAGUUUAAAGUAAUACAAGAACAGAAAGCAGCUGAAGAAAGAAGGAAGUUUCCUCUGGAGCAGCGACUGAAGGAACACAUUAUCGGACAAGACGGUGCUAUCGCAACUGUAGCAGCUGCUAUCAGAAGAAAGGAGAAUGGCUGGUAUGACGAAGACCAUCCUCUAGUGUUUCUGUUCAUGGGAUCAUCAGGAAUAGGUAAAACAGAGUUAGCCAAGCAGUGUGCAAGGUAUCUACAUAAAGAUGUGAAAAAGGGCUUUAUAAGGAUAGAUAUGUCCGAGUACCAGGAGAAACACGAGGUGGCAAAGUUUAUAGGCUCACCACCUGGUUAUGUGGGACAUGAGGAGGGGGGACAACUCACCAAGAAACUCACUGAAUGUCCGACAGCUGUUGUACUGUUUGAUGAAGUGGAUAAGGCACAUCCAGAUGUAUUGACCAUCAUGCUUCAGUUGUUUGAUGAGGGUCGUCUGACAGAUGGCAAGGGGAAGACAAUAGAUUGUAAAGAUGCUAUUUUUAUCAUGACAUCCAACCUUGCAAGCGAAGAAAUCGCUAACCAUGCCCUACACCUGAGACAGGAAGUGUCGGAGUUGUCUAAACACAAACAUGUAGGGAAACUGGAGGACUUGGAGGCUACUGAGAGGAUCACCAUUUCUAGGCGGUUCAAAGACCUUGUUGUUCGUCCAAUCCUAAAGAGAGCGUUCAGAAGAGAUGAGUUCCUUGGAAGGAUAAAUGAAGUGGUUUACUUUUUACCGUUUUCACGAUCUGAGCUGAGUAAACUGGUGAAUAAGGAACUGGAGUUCUGGUCAGAUCAAGCCUCGAAAAAACAUAACAUCAAACUGAUCUGGGACCAUAGUGUGGUGGAUGUCCUGGCUGAUGGCUAUGAUGUUCACUAUGGGGCCAGGUCAAUUAAGUAUGAGGUUGAGAGGAGAGUGGUAUCACAGCUAGCUAUGGCACACGAGAGACAACUGAUAGAAAAAGGAUGUGUCAUUAAGAUUUCAGCUGUUAAUGCACCAGAUAUGACUAAAUCUGACAGCACACUGCCACAGGCAGCAGCGUCCGACAGCAAGGAAGUGGCCACGAUAAAACUACAGCUUCUAAAGAAGGGAAGGAAAAAUGAAUAUGUGGAUAUCGACUUACAAGACAGCAGUAAUCCUUUCACUACUACAUUUAAAUAGGAGAUUAACUGUUUGUGAUUUUGAAGAAUUGUGAUAGCUUUCUGUUCUGUGCCACAAUGGAUACAUGUACUAACUGAACAGAUCAAAGUUAAGAGUUUCAUGGUUUUUGGGUCAAGGUCACUCACUUAAAAUGGUAGUUAUCUUUUAACUUUACGCAACACAUGUUACUAGUGUAUCUAUUUAUUAUAGACUACAGAUAUAAUACAUGAUAUGUACCUGUUGAUAAUGUAGGUAUAUAUUUAUUGGUACACUCCAAGUAACUAUAGCCAUUUUACAUUUAUUUAUGAUCUGUUGUUAAACUUUUUGUGAGGAUUGAAUUAAGAUACCAUAACAUUUUUUACACAAGUAUAAGCAUGCAGAAUAUAUGUACAUGUAUAUCAAUUUGCUCAAAGUUUGCUUUGAACACAAACUGUUUGGAAAUUAUUUGCAAACUUAAAUGAUAUGUGAAGGAAAGUGUGCAAAUUCUUGUGAAGGUAUAGGUAACUUAGAAAUUAAUACAAUUCUAUUAAAAGUGUUGCACUGUUAUUGCAAUACAUAAAUUUUGAUUACUAGGUAUAUUAACUUCCAUAUUUUUGUCAAUACUUCAUGUCUUUCAUUUUCCUGCAACUGCCAGAUAUUUAUAUGAAAAGAUCUCUUGAGACGGUGGACAUAUUCUUUUUUGUUCAACAUGAAGAAUAUUUGGGACAUAUCUGAUAUUCAGUAUAAGAUCUGGUAUGCUUGGUGUUAUAUGUCAACAUGAACAAAACCUGUUUUAGGGAUUGUAAAGAUAUUGGUCAUAAGUAUAGGACGGGGUUAACAGACAUGGGUAUACAAUAUAUGCCUCCCAUAUAGCAAGGCACAACCCACCAUAUGAAGAGUUAUGGCUUUAAUUCAUUGUGAGGCUCUAUUUAUUUACUUGCAUUACUCUAGUAAGAGACACCAGGUAGUUUUAGCUAUAAACUUUCCCUGAUGAUGGGACACAUUGAUAGUGAUGUAUACUUCCCAGUUAAUAUGGUGAGAUUACAAUUGUGUAAGAUACAAUACAGAUACCGGUAGCUUCUUCAUAUGUACUUGGCCAUCUCAGACGUUUUGUCAUAUAAUUUUGAGUGUUUACAUAUUUGCUGAAAUUUCAUUUCCAUUUCAUUUGUCACCUUACAAAAAAGAAAUUGGUGAAUGAAAUAAAGAUGUCUGUAUAUUUGC